AUGUCUUUCUCGGCCCAGUUCAAGCCUAGGCCGUCAACCGACGUCUUUACCAAUGAUACCGACAUCAACCGCCGCAAUUGCCGGCGCGUUGUCCCAAUGAGAGUCCUCAUCCUCGGACUGGGCAGAACCGGCACAGCCUCUAUGCGCGCCGCCAUGAAGCGACUCGGCUACGUUGACACGUACCACAUGAUGAACUGCUCCAUCGAGAAUCCCUCUGACGCCCUGAUGUGGAUGGAUGCCUUGGCGGCCAAGUACGACGGCAAGGGCCCCAAGUUCACACGCGCCGAGUGGGAUCAGCUGCUUGGCCACGCCCAGGCCGUGUGCGAUUGGCCCAGCAUCGCCUUUGCCAAGGAGCUCAUCGAAGCCUACCCCGAAGCCAAGGUUGUCCUCACAAACCGCGAUGUGCACUCGUGGCACGCCUCGACGAUGAAGACGGUCUACUGGCGCGUCACCGACCGCCACCUGCGCUGGCUCUCGUACUUUGACUGGGCGGCCGGCCAGUACUACCCGAUGCUCAAGAAGUUCUUUGACACUUUUUUCGAGGGCGACUUUCCCAACCGCGGCAAGGAGAUUUUCGAGCGCCACUACGCCGAGGUGCGCAGCCUCGUGCCCAAGGAGAACCUGCUCGAGUACCGCGUCACCGACGGCUGGGAGCCGCUGUGCAACUUUCUCGACGUCCCCGUGCCCAAGGAGCAGCCGUUCCCCAACGUCAACGACAAUGUCAACUUUGUGGCUCGCUCCAAGGCCCGCAACUGGGCGCAGACGUACAAUGUCAUGGUGCGUCUGCUGAUCUGGCUCGUUCUGAGUAUCGUCACUUUCUUCGCCGUCUUUCGUCUUCUCAUGGCGUAA